CCCAACUCAAGUCCCAGAUAGGCCGAAAGGGUUUUUGCUUCCGAGAAGGAAAGAAAAUGGAGGGUUUAUGCCUUUCUGGGGUAUGAAUUGAUUCAUUACAUCAAACGUUGCUGGGUUACUUUUAAAUUCCAACGACAGAUUUAGAAUCGUCUCUUGCUCGAGGAAGAAGAAGAAGAAGCAUGAGGAUUGCAGUGGAAGGUUGCAUGCACGGUGACCUCGACAAUGUCUACAGAACUCUCCAAUACAUGGAGCAAGUUCAAAACAUCAAAAUCGACCUUCUGCUCUGCUGUGGCGACUUUCAGCGAUUUAGGCUGUUAGGAAUGAGAACGAUCUGAAGAGCUUAAAUGUGCCGCCCAAAUAUCGAUCCAUGAACUCGUUCUGGAAGUAUUACUCAGGAGCUGAAGUCGCUCCCUAUCCUACUAUUUUCAUUGGUGGGAAUCAUGAAGCGUCUAAUUAUCUGUGGGAAUUGUACUAUGGAGGUUGGGCUGCGCCUAAUAUAUACUUUUUGGGCGUUGCUGGUGUAGUCAAGUUUGGAAAUAUUCGUAUUGGUGGGCUGUCUGGCAUUUAUAAUGCACGCCAUUAUCAUUUAGGUCACUAUGAGAGGCCUCCAUACAAUGAGAAUACUAUAAGAUCUAUUUACCAUGUUCGUGAAUAUGAUGUUCGGAAGCUUAUGCAAGUUGAGGAACCAAUUGACAUUUUUCUUUCUCAUGAUUGGCCACUUGGCAUCACUGAUUAUGGAGACUGGAAGCAACUUAUUAGGUUUAAACCCUUUUUUGAGAAGGAGAUUCAGGAAAAAAGUCUUGGGAGUAAGGCUGCAGCUCAGUUGCUAGAAAAGCUCAGACCCCCUUACUGGUUUUCAGCCCACUUGCACUGUAAGUUUGCUGCUCUUGUUCAACAUGGUGAAGGUGGCCCCUUGACAAAAUUUCUUGCUCUUGAUAAGUGUCUUCCUAGGCGUAAAUUUUUACAGGUUAUCGAGAUCGAAGCAGAGCCUGGACCUUAUGAGAUUCAUUAUGAUGAAGAAUGGUUAGCAAUAACACGAAGGUUCAAUGAAAUCUUCCCUUUGACAGCCAAAAGUGCAAAUUAUGGAAGUAUAAAGCUUGAAAUGGAAGAUUGUCGGCAAUGGGUCAAAACCAGUUUAAAAGAAAGAGGAACAAAACCUUUUGACUUUGUUCAGACUGUUCCUUGUUAUGAUCCAUCAAGAUCUGUCUCCAACAGUCAGCUUGCUGGAUAUCCUCGAAAUCCUCAGACUGAAUCUUUGCUGAAGUUUCUUGAACUCCCUUAUCUUCUUGACGACAUGUUGGAAUCUGAUGGACCAUCGGGGAGUUCUGUUCCUUUAUCAGACAGUGGUUCGUUCUUUGACAGCGAAGACAUUCCGAUUGAUGAUGUAGAUGAUAUGGAAGAAGAAACUGCAGAACCUGAAGAUGCAUAAACCCAGAACCUGGGCAAUGACACCAAAAUCUUCCAUAAUGAAUGAAGAUUGACCACUUAAGCUUUAUGCUAUAAUUGUAUAGAAUGGGCUCUUUCUUCCCUCCUAAUUGUAUAUCCCAAUUACAUUAACGUAAAUGGAUUCAGCCAUUCGUUACUAAACUCUUCUUGGAGCACUUUUUAUUCACCCAGAAAUAGAGAUUGUAAAGUCACUACUUGAAGUGUCAUGCAUUCUAGAGAAUUUCCAUUGUCAAGAAUUUAUCCUUUCUUAAUUUAAAAAUUACCUUCGAAA